AUGUUGAAUCUCAACCGCCAACCCUCCACCUCUGACGAGCACGGCUCGGCUCACAACCUCCAACCUGGGGGUGGAAGUCGCCCUGGGCAACACGCAGACAGCAACAUUACUCAAGGGCAACUGGCGUUAGUCGGUUACUCCUCGUCGGCACCCAGGCCAGCAUCGAACGUCAAUUUUGACAUACCUCAGGCCGCCCCUUUGAUGACGAGCGAUCUUCAACAUCAGCAAACGGCCUUGUUGCAGUAUCCGUCACAGGUCGAGCAGGACACGUCUGCCAUGUUGGGAAUGCCCAUCAUGUCAUACCCAACAACCAACACGGGUAUCGGCAACCUGCCGGCCAGAGAAGGUGUCCCGUCGGUUUACACGCAGGGUUACGGCGGACCCGUGCCUUCCAUUUCUUACCCUAACCCCACGGCCGGCCAAGGCGGAUGGUACUACGGUCAGCAAGUGCCGCCGGCCCAGCCCGGUGUGUACCAAAACGACGGUUCACACAGGCCUAAUCCCCGAGGUGCGGCGCCUUCUGAGCGGGAUUGGAGCGAGGAGCACACCUGGAUCUUGCGGGAGGGCAAGCGCUUGGGGAUGAAAGUCCACGAGAUCACGCAUUGGCUGUCGCUCAUUGAUGGCAUUGAGAGAACCCCAAAUUGCAUUACGAAGCGCUGGGCAAGAAUCAAGCAGAAGUGUGUCCCGAAAGAAGAAAAGGACGAAAUCGUCCGCGACUUGACUCCGACCUUGACCCAGCUGAUCUACGAUGCGGUGUGCAACAAACUCGGGGGUCAGAGGCUCAACGACGCCGGGCAGUUGACCGAUGUUGAGCGGGACGUGAAGGAGAUUACGAGGCAGCAUAUGGAGCGGUGCAUUCAGGAGGUCCUCGUCCGGGCUCUGGGUAACUAG